AUCUGCAAUUACUGCACUUUAAAAUUAAGUAAAAAAAGUGUUUUUCUGUAAGAAAAAGGGUGUAUUUUGUGUAAUAAUUAAUGAAUUAACUGUAUAUUUUGUGAAUUAGUAAUUGUAAGCACGAUGGAUAAGCCAGAAAAUAUUCAAAAAGCCCUUGAAUUUGUGCAAGUAUACGUUCGCGUUCUGGAAAAUCAAAUUAAAUAUUUUAAUAAAAUUCCCGAGAGUUUGCUAGAAAAUAUCCGUUCAUUUGAAUACACAGAAUAUGUGAAAUUCAAACAACUAAGCAGAAAAUUUAGAAAAACAUACCAUGAUAAAUACAAGCGUUCUUUAGAGAAGUUCAAUGUGAAACUUUCACCAACGACUCAAAAUUCUAAUAAAUGUUUUAUUAACGAUACUCAAAAUGUAAACAGUAGUCUAGUAACUCAGAAUCAAGAAAGUGCAAGGACAUCAGUAAACGAAUUACAGUUAGAAGACUUCGUAUCACUACCGUUACUUUCGCAAAUUAAGAUGGACAAUUCUCAAGAGAAAACCGAUAACAAUUCUUCAACCACUAAGUCUCUAAGUCCAAAAAAAUGUAAAAAUGAUAGCAGCCAACAAUUUUUAAAUAAAACAAAUACAGCGACUGAAAGUAAUUCAAUUAAAACCAAUAGUUCAACCCCAUCUAAAUUUACAUUUAAGAAUUCCAGCUCUGACCAACAUAAAAAUCAAUGUGGAGAUUCAUUAGCAAGUAAUCAAACUAAUUGUAAAAUUUCCUCAAUUAAACCUAACAAAUUUGAUUGUUCAACGCAAUUAAUAAACAGUAAUGAUACAGUGAAAUCAAUCGGUUCAAGCAAAUUGCUGAUAAAUACAACAUUAAAUGAAGCUCAGGCAAGUUGCAGUUAUAAAAGCGAAAUUGAAGAAGUCGAUAUGUCGCUUUUUGAAAAUGAUUUUGAAAUAGAAGAAAAAAUUUCUCAAACUGAGUUAAAUCCAAAAACUCAGUUUUAUAAUAACUUUCCCAAAUUAGUUUUGAAUGAAACACUUAAAGAUUGUACAGCCGAAUUUCAAAAGGUUUACCCUCAUACUGAUGCUCUACAUGAUUCAUUACAUACAAUGUUUGGAAUACAAUCUUUCAGACCGUCACAAGAAGAAAUUAUAAAUGCUACUCUGUCCCAGGAAGACUGUUUUGUUUUAAUGCCAACUGGGGGUGGAAAAAGUCUUUGCUAUCAAUUACCAGCCAUUUUAACUCCCGGAGUAACUAUUAUAAUUUCACCCCUCAGAGCUCUGGUGUCUGAUCAAUCCGAUAAAUUAAAUGCGUUAGGUGUUCCCACAGCACAUUUGUGCCCUGAAUUGACAAAAAAUUACGAUGAGUCGUUAGUUUUGAGUAACUUACAGGAAAAAGAGCCACCUAUAAAGCUGUUAUAUUUGACUCCAGAACGACUGUGUUCAAUGAACAUGAAAAAUAUUCUAAACGGUCUCUAUCAAAGAGGAAAAAUAGCUCGUUUUGUAAUAGAUGAGGCUCACUGUGUGAGCCAAUGGGGCCACGAUUUUAGACCACAUUAUAAACAACUAAGCGAAUUAAGAAAUUUUUAUCCAGAAGUUCCCAUAAUGUGUUUGACUGCAACGGCAACGAAAUCGGUCAGAAAUGAUGUGAUUCUAACAUUAGCAUUAAGGAAUGUUAAGUGUUUUACCAGAAGUGGAAACAGGCCGAAUAUUAAGUACCAUAUACUCCAUAAAAAUCCAAAAACGGUGGUGCAGGAUAUCGCUGAUAUUAUUUAUAAAAAUUUUCAAAAUAAGAGUGGAAUAAUUUACUGUUUUUCGCGAAACGAUUGUGAACAAGUAGCGGAGCAGUUAAAUAGCGUUAAUUUAAAGGCAGAGGCGUAUCAUGCAGGGAUGGUAUCGAGCGUUCGCCAAAAGAAACAAACAGAAUGGAUGCAAAACAAAGUUAAAAUUAUUGUUGCAACAAUAGCUUUUGGAUUAGGGGUUGAUAAACCGGACGUACGUUUCGUAAUCCAUCACGUAAUACCUUCGUCUGUGGAAGCGUAUUAUCAAGAAUCUGGAAGAGCAGGGAGAGACGGCCAACCUGCUUAUUCCUUUUUAUUCUAUAAUUCCUAUGACGUUCGGAGGAUAGGAGGGUUCAUAAAAUUGACCCAGAUGUCAAGACCAACAACUCUUUUAGGUAGUUUAAACAAUCUGGCCCAGGUUCAAGUCUUUUGUGAAAAUAACAUCGACUGUCGACGAUUUUUACUACUGAGACAUUUAGACGAGCCAUUCGACCGUAAAGACUGUAUAAAUAAUCAUCAGGCAAUCUGCGACAAUUGCUUAAACUACCAAAGAGACUCGACAAUGAAAGAUUUCACCCGAGAAGCCCAAGAUUUAGUGAAGAUAAUUAAGUAUUUGACGUUCAUCGAUUACAAAUGGACCUUGAUGGAAAUUUCGAACGUGUACAAAGGGGUGUACAAAACCCCCGAAGACAAGCAAUUUAGUAAAGCGCAUGCCUUGUAUGGACAAGGGAAAGAAAUACCAUUAGCGGACAUUUACAGGAUUUUACAAGAACUUGUUCAGAAGGAAAUCGUUGAAGAGGUGGCACCAGGAACUGGAAAAUUCCCAAUUUGCUACGUUAGAGUUAAGGAUGAAAAACCCUUCGGGACAAAAAUCAUGCUACCGGUAUACAAAGGGCCCUCUUCUCUGACAUUGCCGAGCCAUUUGGAAUGUUUUGAAAAUAAGGACGACGACGACGCAGAGAAAAACCCGGAACUACCCCUGAAUGUUACGCGUAGACUUAAACAAGAAUGCCACGAGGGACUGUUAGACGUUUGUCAAAAACUAGCUGCGGAACAAGGGAGCAGGCUAUCCGCAAUCAUGAACCUGACGGCGAUAAAAGAAAUGGCCGAAAAAAUUCCGACAACCAAAGAGGACUUUAUGAAAAUCGAACACGUUACUGAAAACUUAUUCGACAAGUAUGGCGAAAAGUUUAUGGAAGUUUGCAAAACGUACGACGCGAAAAUUAAACAAUUACAAAACGAAAGUAGGAAAAGACAACGACCAAGCGAAACGCCGACUGUUGCGUCAGUUAAGAGGGCUAAAUAUACCCGAAAGAAAAAGGGAAAGAGAAAGACCCCUAAAGCUACGAAAGCCCGAACGAAAGCCAGACGUAGUCCCAAAUCGAAAAAUUACCCCUCCAAAACAAAAUACCCAGUUUUACAUAUUACAUAGAAUAUACAAUGUUUAGUUUAAGUGCCUUUAUCAGUAACUUAUCCUGUUUGCAAUUUUAUUUUAUAUCUUUUUGUAAAAUUUAAUUUAACUAAUUAUAUUUAAGAAUGAA